AAUUUACUUCUGACAAGCGUCUGUAAGACGAGGAUUCUUAAUUUUUAUCUCCCCCUGAAAGCGCCAGAUACGAUUUUCCACCAGUUAUUUGACAGAAAUGGACUCUAAAGAACAUCAACAAACAAAGAUUUCUGAUUAUUUUGUGAACUUGCAAGAUGCUAAAAAGCUUCUUGAGGAACACACAACAAAAAAGAUCUUAGAUACUCCAAAUGAAAAUGAAUUGUCUAAUUUAUCUGAACAGCUCAUGGAAUUACAAAUGAUUAAGCCAGAAUUAAAGGUUAACUGCACAUCAGAAGAAAAGAAGCUUUUGUUUUAUCAGUAUUUAAUACAGGACCAAGACACAUGGCCGACAGAACAACAAGAACAAGAAAUUGUUAAACAGUAUAAAGAGACAGCACAGAAAUGUAGUGAAAUAAAAGGGAAAAUAAUGGAAGAAAGAUUACAGAUUGAUGAAUUGUUAGAGGUCGCAGAAGGAGGUCACAACCUUUUACUGAAGAACAUUGAAGAUCUGGAGAAUAAAAUAUCAGAAGUUGAAGAAAAGCUGACACAGGCAGAACAAAUAAAAAAUCAGUAUGAGGACAGAAUGAAAGCCUUUGGUGGAACUUGUUCUGUAGAGGGUACUAUAGAAGAAGUCAAAAUUAAAAAGAGAGAGCAAAUAGAUAAAUUAGAUAAGGAAAUUCAAAAUGGAAGAAAGACUCAGGAGGCUAUGAUAAAACAGAUACAGAAUUAUAGAGAUUUAGUACAAACAGUUUCAAGAAGAAUGAAGAAUGAAAAAGAAGGAAAGCUUAAAAUGCAGAAGGAACAUCAAGUCAAGAACUUCCUUGCAAAAGAGGAGUUAGCUAAUUUGAGAAAACUGCUACAUGAAAUGCAAAGACUUGGAGGAAUUGAAGAGUGUCCUGCAAAUAACAAUCAAAUCAAAAUAAAAUUUGUAAACACGUCCCAGACAGAAGCUACACUAUACCUUACAAUGACACUAAGACAGGACGAGUAUGGCCAUGUUAAACUAAGUUAUGCUGAUGUAAAUAUAGAAACCUUACAUUGUACAGACUUGAUAGAGGAAGCAGUAAGGACAAAUGAUGUUAGAUCACUGAUCACACAGCUUAGAGAAAGAUGGAACAUGUAUUAUCCUAUCAUGACAGAAAUUGAUCAAGUCUCAGAAAGUCAUGCUGUUGAUUGGAUUCAAGAUGAAGGCCUUGUGAGAGUGUUAGUUGGUAAAGGUGGCACUAUAAUGUUUACAUUGAAGAUGCCCCCUGGUUACCCAUUUAAAGGGGAGAUAACUAUUACAAAUACCAGUGGAUUACCAGCAAAUGUAUAUGUAAAAGAUUGCAAGCCACCAUCAGAUAUACAGACAUUACAAGAAUGGGUGGAUUUCCUGGAAAGCAAAUUUGGAAAGCCUUAAAACUUUAGCUCAUAUAAUUUGUAAAUACUAUUAUCAAUACAUGUAUAAAAGAUAAAAGUUGUUUUUUUGUCUGCCCAUAAGAUGAAACUUUAGCUUACCUGGGUAUGAGCAAGAUGUGCUUUUACCAUCACUUUUGGUCUGUCUUCAGACUGUCUGUCAGUUAAAAUUUUACAUUUGAAAAAUAAAGUAUACCUUAACAAAACUAUUGUAUAUA